AUGGUUAGAAGAAGAAUUCCAUUAUCCAUUUAUUUUAUUGUUGAAAUAUUUGCAUUUAUUAUAUCAUUAAUAGCCUUAAUAUCUCCUAGUUGGCAAUAUGUUUAUUUAGAAGGUGGAAGAACUGAACAUCAUCAUGGUUUAUGGUUAGAUUGUAAAAGAGAUUAUUCUAAUGAUUAUGGAAGAACAAAAGAAUAUUAUGAAAGUUUAUAUAGACUAGCUGAUCGUGGAAGUCCAUUUGAUUCAUUUUAUUUACCACAAUUUAUGUGUGUAUAUAAAUUUGAUUAUUAUAUUGAUCCAGAAGAUUUAUAUGAACAUAAUUAUGAUGAAAAUAAAUUACAAGAUGAUGCAAAUCAACAUUUAUUAUUAGCAUGGAAAGUUGUAUCAUUAUCUGCUUUUUUAUUAUCAAUUUUAUCAUCAGGAGGAGCAUUAUUAAUUGGUAUAUGUGCAUUUUGUCAUCGUACAUUAACAUGUGCUUCAACAGUUCUUGUUUCUAUAUCAGCUUUUUUUGCAAUUAUUGGUAAUUUAAUUUUUUAUAUAUGGGCAAAUUAUCAAGAUAAUAAUGUAAUUAAAGAGGAAGAUGAUAUAUAUGAACAAUUUAUUGGAUGGGCUUUUUAUGCAUCAGUAAUUGGUACCAUUUUACAUAUAUUUGCAUCAGCAUUAGGUUGCCUUACAACAUCAUUUUCAUUUAAUAAUGCCAAAAUAGUUAAAAUUGAUGUAGAAAAUUGUGAAGAUCCUUUAAUAACUAUUAGUAGUCAACCUAGUUUAAAUAAAGAAAAAAAUUUUAAAAGAACAUUUUCAGCUGUAUAUAAAGUUGACUCAUCUGCAUUACGUAAAUUUGAAAGAGAUUGCGCCAGAUCUAUGAGAAAUAAAGAAAUAAAAAUGGCACAGAUGAUGAAAAAUCAACAAACAAUUAACCAUUUUAUACCAUACAAUCCAAUUAACCCUGAAAAUUUGAUGGCAAAUAAUUAUAUUACUUCUUUUAAAAGAGCAAAUUCAGUCCCAAAUUUUAAAAGGUAUAAUAAUACUUUAAUGUCAUCAAAUAGUAUAAUAAAUAAUCCAAGUGUUGCGACAGAACCAAUUUUAUAUAAAUCUCACCAACAAUUGCCAUCAUUCCAGAGGCGCCCUUCAACAACAUCAUUGCGCAAACAUUUUGAUCAAACAAGUUCAAAAAAUUUUUUAAAUAAAUCAGUUUCUUUUACUAAUUUAGAUAAAUCUCAUGAACAAAUAAAAAGAAAAUCAUAUAUUAGUGAAAUUAAUGAUUCUGACACAAUAUAUGAAUAUGUACCAUUACAAAAUAAACAAAAAAUUAUAACUACUAUAAAGAAACAAAGACCAAUAAAUUGGAAUUUUAGCGAUAAAGAUAAUACUGAUGACAUUUAUUCAUCUAUUUAUGCUCAAGAACCAUUUUCAAGUUUAUCAAAUGAUGAAAAAAUAGAAAAUGAAUAUUUAAAACCUAAUGAAAGUUUAUCAGUACAAAGAACUACAUUUGGUAAUGAAUGUACUGUAACAUCUAUAUUAAAAAAAGAAAUUCCACAAAAAGAAAAAAAUAUUAAGAAAGGACAACAGAUAACUGAAUUUGAAGUUGAAAAAGAUUAUCAUUCGUCUAAAAAUUUAAAUGAUAAUUCACUAAAACAAAAUACUAUUAAACUGCCAAAUCCACCAUUAUUAACAUCAUCAAAGAUGAGUGAUAAUUGUAUGUCAGAAAAUAUCAAUAACCAACAAACAAAAAGUAUAUUAAAAGUUAAUUCUCAAAAACAUAUUUUGCCAUCUAAUAUUUCUUCAACAAGUAAACAAUUAUCUUCCUCAUCAGAAAGCAAUAAUUCAAAGCAAUUUCAUUCUAACAACACAUCAAACAUAUUACCUACAAUUAAUAAUAAAGUAAAAAUAACAAAUGAUCCAAUAUCACCAAAAAUUGGUCAAAGAUUUUACAAAAAAAGGAGUAGUAGUCGUGGACAUAGAUCUAUACCUAAUUCAGUAAUUACAAAUGAUGUACAAAAACAAUCAUCAGAAGAAUGUGAAAGUGAAUGUGAUCGUUCUAUUGGUAGUUUUACCUAUAUAAAUAAUGAUCAUAUACUUCCAGAAAAACCUUUAACAAAUAAAUUUACAACGGAACAUAAUACUCCUAAUGAAACAGUUGUUUAA